AUGGAGUCUUUCUUACAAAGCCGCCGCCUUCGUCGCGAGGUGGAAGAGGAUUUGGCCAGAAGCCAAGCUAAAUUUAUCCGCACAAGUACCUCUUCACCGUCACUUAGCUCCGAUCCAGAGCUUGGAGUACCUGCUAGUGAGAAGCCACUUACUACUGAUGGACCACUUGUGCCUGGUGUUGCCAUUUUCAAGCCAGAUGGGGACGACGGCGAAACUGUUUUCGUCGUCGGUUGGAAGGACAACGAUUCAAACAAUCCUCAAAAUUGGUCUCUGGUUCGAAAAUGGAUGGUCAUGAUGACCUGCUGUCUCAUUGCCAUCGCAAUGACAAUCCCAUCCUCAGUCGAAGGUGCAACACAAGAAGCUUUCGAUGCCCACUUUGGUGUGAAUUCUAUGGCUGGAUCCAUGACAACCGGUAUCUUCCUUAUUGGAAUUGGAGUUGGAUCUCUAUUCUCAGGUCCUUUUUCUGAAACUUUUGGCCGCAACAUCGUCUACUUUACUGCACUGGUUCUGGUGAUCCUGUUCAUCAUGGCCAAGGCGCUGGCGCCAAACUAUGGAGCCGCUCUCGCAUUCCGAUUUCUUGGUGCUAUAUUUGCGGCUACACCAAUGACGGUCGCCGGUGGUACAGUAGGUGAUAUCUGGGAGCCUUUACAGAUCACGUUCAGUUUGCCUUUUGUCACUAUUGCCGCAUACUCAGGUCCUAUCCUGGGUCCUGUGAUUGGCGCCUAUACACCCAAGAUCGGGUAUGUCUGGGCGGACUGGAUCUCGAUGAUAAUUGCAGGUGUGGCUUUUGUGGUUGUGCUCCUCAUUCAACCUGAAACCUUCAGCCCCGUUCUUUUGGAGUGGCGCGCGAAGCAUUUGCGUGAGCUGACUGGCGACGACCGAUACCAGGCCGGUCAUGCUUCCGCCGCAUCGCUAGGCCCCCGUUUAUUCGCCAAUGUCUCUCGGCCUUUCAUGAUGAUUUGGACUGAGCCAAUCAUCCUGAUCUUCAGCUUCUACCUGGUUUUGCUCUACUUUGUUCUAUUCACUUUCCUUAACGGCUACACAUUCAUCUUCGCCGAUGUGUACGGGAUCUCCACAGAGCUGACAUUCGUGAUCUUUGUCGCCAUGAUUCCAGGUGUCGCUGUUGCUUUGUGCAUGGUUUCUUGGUUGUAUGGUCUCACCAAGAAGGCUGCCGCUAAGGCCGAGGCCGAGGGCAAAGCUUUACAGCCAGAAGUUUCUCUAUACUGGGCUAUGGCGGGAGCAUCUAUCUUGAUGCCUGUCUCUCUCUUCUGGAUGGCAUGGACCUGCUAUUCCCACAUCAGCAUCUGGUCCCCAAUUCUCGCUUCGGGUAUCUUCGGCUACUCCCUUGUUUGCAUUUUUACUACGACCUAUAUGUACAUCAUCUUUGUGUACCUGCAAUAUGCCGCCUCUGCUCUCGGAUUCAUGACCUUUUCCCGGUAUAUUGUUGCUGGAGCUCUGAGCCCUGCUUCCGUCAAGAUGUACGAGAACAUUGGACCCCACUGGUCAGUGACCAUCGUUGCGGUUUUUGCAACCAUUAUGGCACCUGUGCCGUUUGUCUUGUAUAAGUAUGGCCACAAGGUCCGUGCGAUGAGCAAGAACGCUGUCAAUAAGGCUUAG